AUGAGCGGCUCUCACGGUGAGACGAGCCCACUGCUCGAGAAUGCCAUUCGUUCGGAAGAUUCAGCAUCCGCUCAGGGCUCACCACCAGCGUUGCACCGCGAACCCAGCACUGGCCCGCCGCGAGGAAUCAUCGAUGUCGCAACAGUGCUUCUCAUCAUGAGCGUCAGCAGUUUCCUCAGCUUUGCCGCCGAUACGGUCAUUCUUGAAGACAUUAUCUGUCGGAAAUACUACCGCGAUCAAGGCGGCUUCACGAAACUGCCGGAGAGAUCAUGCAAGGUGGCGCCCGUGCAGAGCCAGGUGGCCAUCAUCAAUGGCUGGAGAAGUGUUGCUGAAACCCUCCCAGCCCUUGCUUUGGCUGUGCCCUUCGGCGUUCUGGCAGACAGCGUUGGCCGGAAGCAAGUUCUGGUUCUGGCCCUGGUAGGCCUGUUUAUGAACGAUCUCUCAGUACGAAUCGUAUACUGGUUUGGUGAUAUCUUGCCGAUGCAGCUAGUUUGGUUGGGAGCGAUCGGAGCUGGUGCCAUUACCCUGCAAUCCCUUGCUUUUGUCAUGGUCGCCGAAUUGUGCCCACCAGAGCAAAGAGUCGCUGCGUUCUCGCUCAUCCAGUCGUCCCAGCUCCUGGCACAGUUCAUCUUUGUCCCCGUCGGCGGAUUUUUGACGUCCGUGAACCCAUGGCUGCCGAUGGCCUUUUCAUCCGCAAAUAGCGUGGCUGCAAUUCCAGCAGCGUUUGCCUUGCUUCCUGAUACUGGCAAGCGGCAAAACGCUACAGAGAACAGCACUAUGGACCCGGAUUCCCUCGAUGAGCCCCACGAGGGUCGCGAAGCUCACAGUCAGCACACCGCCGACGACGACGAGCUUUCAUGGCUAGUAAAGCAAAUGUGUGCUCUGAUGGCAUGCACUCGCUGGGUGGCCGACAACAGGAAGACAGUUCUAGUCCUCGCAUGCUUCUUCGUGUUCAGUUUUGGAACAUCAUCUAGGGAUGGUAGCCUGUUCCUGCAAUACGCCUCAGCACGCCUCGGCUGGGGGCUGGGGCAGGCCUCAGUUUUUGUGUCACUCGGUGCCGCCACAAACCUCGUGAUCCACGCUAUUGGGGUUCCUGCUUUGUCAACAUAUCUGCUAGAACGUCGGAGGCUCACAGAGAUGGUCAAAGACAAAUACCUGGCACAAUGGAGCGGUUUGGCCCUGAUGAUUGGUACUCUUGUCAUUUCCCAAGCUUCAUCGGCAACUGUCCUGGCGAUGGGUCAGAUCGUAGCAUCUUGUGGUCUUGCCUUCACCAUCACUGCCAGGAGUCUCAUCACAAGUAUGACGUCGCGCGAGCACAUGGCAACUCUGUACACCUUCAUUGCAGUCUUAGACUACGCCGGGAUGCUGACUGGCGGCCCAUCGUCUGCGGCCCUCUUCGACGCGGGGGAAGCGUGGCUUGGUUUGCCCUAUCUCGUUUCAAGUCUUAGUUUCGCUCUCGCGUUGGGCUCUAUAACUAUGGCUCCUUAG